UCCGCCUCCAGCACACGUGGGAAAAAGCACUUUCGGAGAUGUCUAUGCAAGCCAUUGAGCCGUUCGGCGGCCAUGAAGAGGAUUGGCAGGUAAGUUGCCAUUACCUUUACCUCUGCUCACUUGCUCCGUACAAUUCUCACAAACACGAACACACACACCCAACGCAGCCCACUACGCACUCCGUAACGCUGAAAGAAGGUAUAGACCUGACGGAGCUGCAGCGGGGAGCCGGCGUGCAGUUCGAGGUGGACCUCUCUGCCCCUCUCCCCGGUGGAGGGGGCCGGCGGAGAGAGGAGGGAUCCCCGGACGGGAGAGGAGAUGGACAGAGAGAGUCUUCUCCAGCAGCUGAACGUGGACUCCAUGGGACUGGGGUGGGAGGACGAGACUGAGUCAGACCAGGAGGACUCACCGUUCAACAGACUGGCCUCCUCCAUGGUGGAUCUCUCUGGAGACCGAGGAGUUCUGAAGAAUAUGCUACACGUCGGCAUAGGUGAGGAUGUGCCAGAGAGGGCUCUGGUGAGGGUCCACUACAAUGGAUACCUCGAGAUACUCAGAUGAACCCUAUGACUCCAGCCGCCUCAGAGGAAAACAGCAGCAGUUUGUCCUGGGGAACGGAGAGGUGAUUCCGGGAUUGGAGGUGGCUGUGAAAUCGAUGAAGAGAAACGAGAGAUCUCAAUUUCUCGUCUCUUCCGAGUAUGGCUUUGGAAAGCUGGGUUGCCCCCCUCGUAUUCCACCAAACGCGACUAUCCUUUUUGAAGUUGAGUUGCUGGGUUUCGUAGAGUAUCACACGGCAGAAGGCGAAGAGGAGGGGAGGAACCAGAGCUUUGAGCAGCGUCUGGCAGCUGCAAACUCUGAGAGAGAAGUCGGCAACGACUACUUCCAGCAGAACAUGAUCGGGAGGGCUGUCGGCAGAUACCUCAAGGCAGUGAGGCAGCUGGAGGCAGUGAGACUGAGAGAUGCGAACCAGGAGGCCGUCUGGAGAACUUCCCUCAAGAAGCUCUACCUAAACCUGUCUCUCUGCAGCCUCAGACAGAGGAAGUCACAGCUGGCUCUCAGCAACUGUCGACGCGUCCUCGAACUGGAUGGGAAGAACGUGAAGGCCUUCUUCAGAAUUGGCCAGGCCUAUUUGCAACUGGGAGAUUUCAAAAACUCACGCAAGCAUUUGCAGAAGGCCAACAAGCUUUCCCCACAUAACAAAGAAAUUCAACAGGAGCUGAGGAAACUCGAAAACACGCGCAAGAGAUUCCAGUCCAUGGAGAGGACAAUGUACGCCAACAUGUUCCAGCAUCCAACGCGAGGGGUUGACGAUGAAUCCAGAGAACAAGAACCGGUUCACUUUCACUCCAGGGAGGAGCUCACUAAGAAACUCAGGGAGCUGAGUGAAAACCCAGGAUUGUUGGAUCUAGUUCUGCCACAGUGUCUCACCAAUGAGGAGGUGUUCUGUGCCACUGAGAUCGCCAGAGAGCUGGGCCUCAGAACUGAGAAGAGUCCGGAUUGUGGUCUGAGGAUUUUCAAACCUGGGGUGCAGCCUGAGGACUUCGAGCAGUACUUACGCUGACAUCUUCACUGACUUUUAUCUGCCACUGUCUUAUACAUAUAUACGCUCCCCUCAAAGACCAAUACUCAAAACUGAAACUCAUUAAAAGUAUCAUUUAUCACUGAUUCAUGCAUUAGAAAUGUAUUUGAGUAUUAUAAUCUGUCUGACAAUCGUUGAGUACAAUAAAAAGUCGUGACUUUAGUGUUUGGGUUGCCAUUCAGUACCCAUGGCCCAGUCUGCAUUGUAGACCUGGAAGAAGUAGUCCACGAGGUCAGGGUGCUCCAGGACUAUCUCCAGAUCUCUGUUGACACUGUGGCCCGACUUGCGGUGCGGUUCCCAAGAGUUUCCAGUUGGGAAGUCUCCAGGGCUCCAGUUACCAGUGCUGAGAUGAACUAUAGUCCCGUCAAUGAUCCAGUACUUUUCGUGGCUGAACCGAAAUUUCGAGUAAGAUCGCUGUAUAUGGCCUUUCAUCCCUUCAUUCGUCAGAUUAUUGUAACAUUCGUAUGCCUUGCGACUAUUGAACGGAGGAAUGACAAUGUUUGACACGAGUACAGUCACGUUGACUCCUCCUUUGUGG